GUAAGGGGAGUAACUCUGAAAUCCCGCCGCCAUAUUUGGCAGAAAAGUACGGAAAUUAUACAUUAUUUUCUAGAUGCCGCCCUAAAAGUACUGAAUAUGGCUGUGGAUUUUGACCCAAACGACAAAACAAGUUGGUAUUUUGGUCCAUUGUCAAGAGAAGAAACAAAUGAGAUUUUGGAUAAUGUUCAUACAAAUGGAGUGUUUCUUGUGCGUGAAAGUCAGUCCAUUAAAGGAGAUUUUGUCCUCUGUGUAAGAGAAGACAAUAAAAUCAGCCAUUAUAUCAUCAAUCGCAUCCAGGUGGGCGGGAAUGUGAUGUUCCGUAUCGGAGACCAACAGUUUCCCGAUAUACCUGCUCUACUUAACUUCUACAAGACGCAUUAUCUCGACACCACGGCACUUACUGUUCCGGCCCCAAGAGAAAAAGUAAUAACAAAGUAUGAUUUUCCAGGAAAG